AUGAGCCAACGCGAAACGUCACAGAGUCCUAGUGUGGCGUUUGUCCACCCUGACCUGGGGAUCGGUGGGGCAGAGAAACUUGUGGUAGAUGCGGCUGUGAGCCUGCAAGAGCAAGGCCACGACGUGCGUAUCAUCACAUCGCAUUUCGAUCCUUCGCACGCCUUCGAGCCGACACGCGACGGCACGCUCCAUGUUUUCCACGCAAAGACCUACGUUCCCCGGUCGAUUCUCCACCGAUUCCACUUGCCGAUGGCCAUUUUGCAGCAGCUUUCGCUGGUUCUCCAGGUCGCCAUCGCCACAAGCCAAGGCAAACUGGCGAGCCAGUACCCGGGUUUGUAUGCUUGCUUCACGAGCAUGAAACCACAGCCUUUGCCGGACGUGUUCAUCAUUGAUCAGUUGCCCAUCGCUAUCCCGCUUCUGAAGCUGAUUUGCGGACGCCGUGUGAUUUACUACUGCCAUUUUCCCGACAAGGAGAUCAGCGCAGCACUAGCACAGCAGCGUGGAUGGGGCGGCUUAUGGUCGCUAGCACGAUCCGUGUACCGUUUCCCGCUGGAUGUGCUGGAAGAAACCACGACGAGCUUUGCGGAUAUCGUGUUGGCCAAUUCGUACUUUACGGCGAAGCAUUUCCACAAAGCGUUCCCACGACUCCCCAUCAAGCCCCGUGUUAUAUACCCUGGUGUGGAUGACACGCAGUUCCAUCCAGAGGAUGUGGACGAGGCAUACCGAACCUAUAUGCAAACGGCCACGGAUGUGCGGAUCCUCGAUAUGGUCGAGCUCUUGUUGGACGAUCGUAAGCGGCCCACCUUCCUCUCUAUCAAUCGAUUUGAAGCCAAGAAAAAUGUGGCCCUGGCACUGGAUACAAUGGCGCGUAUACGCCGAUUGCAGCAGACAGACGUGCGCCUUGUGUGUGCGGGCGGCUACGAUCCUCGUGUCCGCGACAAUAUCGAGACGCUGAAUGCACUCAAAGCGCAGGCGACGCAGCUGGGUCUACGACAUGUCACGUUGUGGACGCGCUCGCUUCCAUACGAGCCACCGCUGUCCCCGCCAGACGCUGUGCAUGUACAAAAGGCCGAUGUUGUCUUCCUCCCUUCUCUCCCGAGUCCCCUGCUACGUGCGUGGCUCUGCUCGCCCAUGACCCAAGCCUUGCUCUAUACACCUACAAAUGAGCACUUCGGCAUUGUGCCACUGGAGGCUAUGGCUUGUGGCGUGCCCGUGGUAGCGACCAACACAGGCGGCCCACUCGAGACGGUGGUCGAUGCGUCGAUGGACAUUACUGGUCGUCCGCAAGUCCUCGAUGCCACAGGGUUCCUACGCGCGCCCAACGCAGAGCAGUGGGCCUCGGCCUGCAUCGCGAUUCUCUCCUGGGACGAGCAUAUACGAGCUCGCCUGGCCGCCGCGGCCAAAGAACGCGUGGCGGCCCACUUCUCGGUGCGCGCGAUGGGCCGUGAGCUGAAGCACGAAGUACAGGCGGUCGGUACAAGUGUAGUGCCAUGGCCAGAGCGCAGUAGUAUUCUCAUCACGCUGCUGACGUUGGUGAUUGCCUACCUGGUCCUUGUCAUUGUGCUUGUGCGUAUCUUGUAA